CCCCCCGAACUCUGAUGUGAUGCUCCCUGGGCUCUCCUUCCAUGGGCAGCCCCUGCGCAGGAGGACCCUCCUUUGAGCCACGGCAAUGAUGAUGGACAGCCCCCCCAAGCUGUCCGGAGAGACGCUGAUCGUCCACCACAUCCCGCUGGUGCAUUGCCAGGUGCCUGACCGGCAGUGCAAGCGCAGCAACCCCUUUGGCCAGCCGGACCUGGGCCCGCUGCGGACGGCUCCCCUCCCGGAGCAGGACUUCCUUCAGUCCGAUUCCUUGGCCCACCUCCGCCGCAUCCCCUCUGACCCCACAGAGCCGGUCCCGGCCUUGGAGACCCCGCCGGAGGAGGGCCGGGCCUGGGACCCUGGGGCCAGCAGGCGGCAGAACCCUUUCCUGCUGAGCGAGGAUGAGGAGCCCCCCGAAGACGAUGGGCCCUUGGGGCAGCGGUCCUUCCGCCUGCACAGCCACGGCCAGCCCGCCUUCCACUUGCACAGUGAGCUGAGCCUGCCACCCUUCCGCCUCCACAAUGCCGGUCACGGGGUCAAGCCGUGGGGAAGCGCCGCUGCGGCUGGACAGCGCUCGGACAACGCAGUGGACGGCCAGGAGGACAGAGGGAAAAAGAGGCGGCCGGAGAGCAUGGAGCUGGACGAGUACAGCUGCCAACGCGAGAGGGACCCCUCGGACUCUUCCUCGGAGCAGGACUGGGCUGCCGACCCCGACAGCGACCUGGGCCCCGGUCCAGAGGCGCCCCGCAGCCGGACGUGCAGCUGCUCCUCGGGCUCGGAGAUCCAGCGCUGCAGGUGCUGCAGCCUCUCCAGCCAGUCGGAGCCGCUGGACCACCAGAUGGGCUACGCCAGCGACUCCUCCUGCAACAGCUCCGAUGGCGUCCUGGUCAAUUUCAGCACCCUCUACCACAAGAUGAACGGUCACCCGCCCAACCUCAACUCCUGCGAGGAGGAGUCCUCCUCCGGCGGCAGCCAUUCGGACACUGGCGGCGGGGGGGCCUUCUACCUGGACCUGCACUCCUCCCCGCAGGAGGCCAAACUGCGCUGCCCGGAGCCCUUGGGCACGGCCUGCCCCUGCCACGGACCCUCCUCCCCGGUCCUGGACGCCAACUGCAACUCCUACGACCCCUGUGGCUCUGGCGGCUCCUCCUCGGACCUGACCGCCUGCUUCCAGAGCCAGGCCCGGCUAGUGGUGGCCACCCAGAACUACUACAAGCUGGUCACCUGUGACCUGUCCUCGCAGUCGUCCCCCAGCCCGGCUGGGUCCUCCAUCACCAGCUGCUCUGAGGAGCAGGCACGGGUCAGCAGCCCCCCGCUCCAGCCCACCGAGUACUACCUGUUCCAGCGUCCGGCAGAGAGUGGUGGUGACGAACCUCAAGGUCUAGAGGCCGGCGAUGCCGCAGAACCCAAUGCCAACACUGUGGAGGGCCAGCUGUACGUCAACAUUUCCCCACCCACUUUGGCCACCGGGCGCCAGCGCUCCCGCAGCUACGACCGCAACCUGGACCGCAGCCCCUCCGCCGCGGGCCGGCUGGGCUCCCUGGAGCGCAUGAUGAGCUGCCCGGUCAAGCUGAGCGAGGGACCCCACAGCCUGGCCUUGCAGAGCUCCCCGCCCAAGCGGGUGACCUCCUUCGCGGAGCUGGCCAAGGGCCGCAAGAAGAACGGCGGUGGUGGCAGCAGCAGCAGCAGCAGCGGUAACAACAACUGCAGCAGUGGGUGCUCCCCUCCCUUCCGGGCCAGCCGGGACUCCUCCCUGGAGUUCUCCCCCAUCCCGGAGCACCGGAGGGGCGGCAGCAGUGGCGGCGGAGGCAGCGGCUCCGUCUUCCUGGAGGACCGGGGCCCCCGGCACAGCCAGAGCCUGCCCCCCAUGCCCUGGAUCCACUCCCUGCAGCGCAGCCCCGAGGAGGACGACGAGGAGGAGGGCCACAGCAGCCGGCCCCAGGACACCCCUCCCUGUGGGCAGCAGUCCUUCUUCCCCACCUUGGCGGAGGCAGGCAGCCUGGGCCAGAAGGACGUCCGCGCUCGGGCCGACGGCGGUGCUGCGGACGGGAAGGUGUUCCGCUACAGCAAGGACCAGCGCCCCACCACGCUGCCCAUCCAGCCCUUUGUCUUCCAGCACCACUUCCCCCGGCAGCCCAAAGCCCGGGCCCUUCAGAGCCACCUGGCCGCCAGCCUCUCCCAGCUCUACAGCCGCUCCUCUUCCGCUGGGCGCUGUGCCGCCGUGCACCAGCCUCACUCCGCUGCGUCCACCUCCGCGGCUGACCAGCCCAUGCCCCAGCGCUCGGCCGACGGGGCCACCUGCCCCAAGAAGCCCCCACCGGUGAUGGCAGUUGCCCCAGAGACCACGCGCCCCUCGCCACUGGGCAGCUACUCCCCCAUCCGGAGCCACGGGGGGCCCUUCUUCCAGAGCAAUGCUGCGGACUCUUCCUCCUCCUCCUCUUCGUCCUCUGUUUCGCUGCCCACCCCAGAUGGCCACCCACCCCGCAGCCGCUCCUGCCCGGCUUCCGCCAAUCUCCUGCCAGUCACCUCCGUCGCCGGGCCCUCUCCGGCCGCAGCGGGCCACAGUGCCAAGGAAGAGGGUCCUGCUCCUCUUUCCCGGAAGGACACAGCUCCGGAGUUUGAGAUGGGAGAGGUGGGCUCCCUCCCACCCCUCCUCUUGGCUGGGGGGCUGGGCCUGGCCAGAGCAGGGGGGCCACACCCCGAAGCCCAAUGGAAGGCCGGGUGCGGAGAGGCCCUCGUUGGCGUGGGACCCGUGGGCACCGUCCUCAGCCGGCCCCUCAAUGCCCACCACCUCUCUCCGCAAGCCCUGAAGUGGCGGGAGUAUCGCCGGCGGAACCCCCUGGGCCUGGGCCUGGGCCUGGACCGCGGCAGCAGCGGUGCUUCAGCGAGCGGCUUGGAUGGGAAGCAGGCGCCGCCCGAGCCGGAGGGACGCCUCUCCCGGAGGAACCCCCUCUUUGAGCUCCCGGGAGCCCUGGGCGGGGGGCGGCCCUACGCCAGGCUCAACGGACACUCGGUGAAGCAGCUGCAGCUCAACUACUCGGACUUCUUCCCGGACUACUUCUCUUUGGCCGAAAAGCCCCCGGCCGAGUUCUGCCUCUCACCGGACGGAAACACCGAGUCCAUCUCUAUUGAUCUGCUGCAGAAGAAGGGUCUCGUCAAGGCGGUCAACAUGGCGGUGGAUCUGAUUGUGGCUCAUUUUGGGACCAGCCGAGACCCCGGCGUGAAGGCCAAGCUGGGCAACAGCUCCGUCAGCCCCAACGUGGGGCACCUGAUCCUGAAGUACCUGUGUCCGGCCAUCCGGGAGGUCCUGAGCGACGGGCUCAAGGCCUACGUGCUGGACGUCAUCAUCGGCCAGAGGAGAAACGUCCCUUGGAGCGUGGUGGAGGCCUCCACUCAGCUGGGGCCCUCCACCAAGGUCCUGCACGGCCUCUACAGCAAGGUCAGCCAGUAUCCGGAGCUCACCAGCCACACCAUGCGCUUCAACGCCUUCAUUUUUGGGCUCCUCAACAUCCGGUCCCUGGAGUUCUGGUUCAACCAUCUCUACAACCAUGAAGAUGUGCUGCAGGCGCACUACCAGCCGGUGGGCUUCCUGGCGCUGUCGCAGGGGGUCUGCCAGGGCCUCUUUGAGGAGCUCCUCCUGCUGCUCCAGCCGCUCUCGCUGCUGCCCUUCGACCUGGACCUGCUCUUCGAGCACCACCGGCUGCAGAUGGGCCGGGAGCAGCGGCAGAAGAAGGAGCUGCUCCGCAUCCGGCAGGACCUCCUGCUCUCGGCCCACUCCACCCUACAGCUCAUGCGGACCCCCGGCCAGAAUGGGGCCCCCAAUGAGGAGGAAGAAGAGGAAGAGGAGGAAGACCCCCAGCAAAGGAGGAGCAGCAGCGGCAGCAACAUGGUGGGAUGGGGGACCAAGAAGACCCCCAAAAGGCCGGAGGAGGAAGAGGAGGCGGCCCCUGUCCAGCGGGUCAAGGGGGUGGGCGCUCCGUCCGGAGGGAAAUCAGAGGAGGAAGUGGCCAGACGGCAGUGGCCGGAGGGCCCCCCAGGGCCCAAGAGGGACAAGCAGGCCAGCUGGUGGUUCCAGCUCAUGCAGAGCUCACAGGUCUACAUCGAGGGCCCCUCGGAGGGGCCCCGCGCCAUUCGCUACGAGCGCAAGGCGAAGAAGGCGGCCCCCACGACCAAGAAGGUGCCCCCACCGCCACCUCGGGAAGGAGUGGUGGAGGGAGCCGAGGCCUGCCCCAUCGCGGUGGAAGUGCCCCUCAAGGACAGGCCCUUGCCGGGGCCGACGGCAGGGGCCCCCCAAAAGCCAGAGUUCCCAGAGAAGGAGGAAGAGAAGGGCCCCCACCACCGCCGCCCCUCCUGGAUGGGCAGCCCCCCAGAGUCCGUCCUGACGGAGCUGAAGCACAGCAAGGCCAAGGAGGAGGAGGAGAGACCCCAAAAAUUGGGGAGCCCCCUGAAAGAGAGCGGCCCCGGAGUGUCCCUGAGCAACCAGCCCAAGUGGGGGUGCCUCUUCGGAUCCCGGAAGGCCCCCAAGGACUCCAAGCAGACCCCCAACAGGUUGCCCUCUGGCUGGCUGAGCCUGGACCGCUCCAUCUUCCAGCUGGUGGCCCAGACCGUGGGCGCGGCCAGUGGCGUCUGGAGAGAAGCCCACGCAGACCCCGAGAAGCUGGCCCCAGAACUGCCCCCCUUGCACCCCAAGCACCGGACCCCCCUGCCGCUGCUGCCGCCGGACAGGAGCAAGGCCCAGGAGGGACCCUGCCAGGUGAAGGCCUUGUGCCACCACAUUGCCACGGAGUCCGGGCAGCUGAGUUUCCAGAAGGGAGACCUCCUCCGCGUCCUGGGCAAAGCGGACGCCGACUGGCUGCGUUGUGGACGGGGAGCCGAGAGCGGCCUGGUGCCCGUCAUGUACGUCACCCACGCCGAGGACCAGGACUACUGACCUGCUGACCGGCUGGCUAACUGACCGAUGGACCAACAGCCCUGUUGCUGCCACUGCUGCUGGCGCCUCCUCUGCCUCCCUGAGAAGCACAGACCCACAGAGCAAAGGCCGGGCGGGCGGUGAAUGGAGCCCUGACUGGUGGAGGCACCUUCCUCUUGCACCCUCCUUGCAAAGGAGACUGCGUGGUUGUCCUGUGCGCCCCAUUCUCCAGAUGGUCCUGUGGCAAAGGGCACUCCGGAUGCAUGCUCUCGCCCUCCUCCUCGUCGUCCUCCUCUGCGGCCUUUUCCUCUCUUGAUGGCCACCUCCAACUCUUGAGGAUGCUGCCAGGAUGCAGUGACUUCCCCUCCUUGCCUCGGUGGCAGUCCAGUGAUGCCAGGCUGCCACACCCAGCAUGCACUGCUCUCCUUCCAUCCCCAAGUGUCAGUGGGAGGGAACCACAGGCAGAAGCGCAGGACUUCCAAGGAGUGUGUGCCACCGCUGCUGCCUUCCCUCGGCCCCCAUUAUGUCUUGUAUGGCUGCUGGCCGUGGGACCCCAUGCAGGACAGACAACGCUGGCCGUGGGACCACCCCGUUCCUCCGGACCCCCAGCCCCAAUGGAAGGCAUGGAUUUGGGGGAAGGCAUCCCUAUUGUGUGUGUGUUUGUGUGUCGUGUUUAGCUAGAGGCUCUGUGUUAGAGUAGCCAGUCUGGGAAAGUCGCACCCUCCAAAUGGGGGGCUGGGGCAGCAGAGGGACCUUGUCGCAGGCUCAUUGCCCCCCAAAACCCUCUCCUUGGGGUCCAGGAGGGGGCACAACAGGGGGGUCUAAAGGGUGGGAUGGG